CUUUGUUUAUAGGCCUAGUUGGCAAUAUAUUUGUAUCGUCGCUCACAUCAAUUUCAGUGACGGGUGUGUUUCCAUGAAAUUGAUCUCAUCCGAACAAUCCGGCGCUAGCCGGGAAUGAAGGAGCCAUUUUCACUUUGACUUUGUUUUAUGGUUUCCCCUUCCACACGUAUACCUAUAUAUUUUUCUUACUAACGCUUGAGUCUUUUUGAUCUUCUAUCUCCUCCCUCCUCCCCACCCAUAAUUUCUUAAUUUGUUUUUACUGGGGAUCGGAUCGUAAUGGUCUCCGAAGAUUUUAGCUUCCCGAAAAUCACCAAUCCUUUGCCUCAAUUCACCUCUUUACCAUCGUUAUGGCGUGUAACUUCCUUGGUAUAUCCCGAAUAUGGAGAUAAUAAUGAAGAAGAAGAAGAAGAACCGAUGAGAAGCAAGAACUUCUCCGUCUCCUGCUUAUCAUCGGAAAGUGAAGCGAACAAGAGAGACGGUGAAGACAGGGAGAAAAUGGACAUGCUGUGGGAGGAAUUCAACGAAGAACUCAAACGUGCCUCUUCUUUGCGCAGCCGGAAAGAGGUGAAGGCGGCCAUGAACAGUGGGGCGGGGAUGAUGAUUUACCCCAAGAAACAGAGUAAGAUCAGCUUGUUGGCGGUGAUGAAGACCUUGAAGAUCAAGAUCUUUUACCUUGGCAACUUGGUUUUAAAGAACUAAUUAAACCCCUCAUCAUUAUAAACAGGGUUUUAGUUAAUGUUUCGCUUGUCGAGUAAAGGGAGGAGAGGACUUGCUCUAUCUUCAAAAACUUAACUUGGGCUGGGUUUCAUUCGUAUCAGGUGAUUCUUCUUUGGUGAUUAAGCUCCUCAUCAUUAUGCUUGUAAUUCGCCUCGAAAGCGAGCUCUAUAUGUAUAUUAGAAAUUUUACAUAUAUAUGCAUGUAUAAUUAUACUAAGUGUUGGUUUGGAUAUAGAACUAACCUCUUCAUUAUUAUUGUUCCCGAUUGACAGAAUAGUUGUUUUGAUCAAUUGAGUUUCAUGCUCCGGGCUUAAGACUGUUGGUGUAUGCAUGCAAAUUAAGAUUUAAUCAGAUUAAUUAGAAUAUACAUGUUAUAUUAAA